AUGAGAGGGGAGGGGGAGGAGAGGGGAGGGGGAGGAGAUGAGAGGGGAGAGGAGAUGGGAGAGGAGAUGGGAGAGGAGAGGAGAGGAGAGGAGAGGAGAGGAGAGGAGAGGAGAGGAGAGGAGAGGAGAGGAGAGGAGAGGAGAGGAGAGGAGAGGAGAGCUCCUAUCACUACCCUCCUGACAACCUGUACAGUGCUAACUGUGAUUUUCAACUAGUGUUAGACGGAUGAGCACACACACACACACACACACACACAACCAUACACACACACACAGGAGUACACCACAUCAGUCACUGGCUUCAUCAAUAAGUGCAUCGAUGAUGUCGUCCCCACAGUGACCGUACGUACAUACCCCAACCAGAAGCCAUGGACUACAGGAAAUAUCCGCACUGAGCUAAAGGGUAGAACUGCCGCUUUCAAGGAACGGGACUCUAACCCGGACGCUUAUAAGGAAUCCCGCUAUGCCCUCCGACGAACCAUCAAACAGGCAAAGAGUCAAUACAGGAAUAAGAUUGAAUCGUACUACACUGGCUCUGACGCUCGUCGGAUGUGGCAGGGCUUGAAAACUAUUACAGACUACAAAGGGAAGCACAGCCGCGAGCUGCCCAGUGACACAAGCCUACCAGACGAGCUAAACCACUUCUAUGCUCGCUUCGAGGCAAGCAACACUGAAGCAUGCAUGAGAGCACCAGCUGUUCCGGAUGACUAUGUGAUCACGCUCUCCGUAGCCGAUGUGAGUAAGACUUUUAAGCAGGUCAACAUUCACAAGGCCGCAGGGCCAGACGGAUUACCAGGACGUGUACUCCGAGCAUGUGCUGACCAACUGGCAAGUGUCUUCACUGACAUUUUCAACAUGUCCCUGACUGAGUCUGUAAUACCAACAUGUUUCAAGCAGACCACCAUAGUCCCCGUGCCCAAGGACUCUAAGAUAACCUGCAUAAAUGACUACCGACCCGUAGCACUGACGUCUGUAGCCAUGAAGUGCUUUGAAAGGCUGGUCAUGGCUCACAUCAACAGCAUUAUCCCAGAAACCCUAGACCCACUCCAAUUUGCAUACCGCCCCAACAGAUCCACAGAUGAUGCAAUCUCUAUUGCACUCCACACUGCCCUUUCCCACCUGGACAAGAGGAACACCUACGUGAGAAUGCUAUUCAUUGACUACAGCUCAGCAUUCAACACCAUAGUGCCCUCUAAGCUCAUCACUAAGCUAAGGAUCCUGGGACUAAACACCUCCCUCUGCAACUGGAUGCUGGACUUCCUGACGGGCCGCCCCCAGGUGGUAAGGGUAGGUAACAACACAUCUGCCAUGCUGAUCCUCAACACGGGGGCCCCUCAGGGGUGCGUGCUCAGUCCCCUCCUGUACUCUCUGUUCACCCAUGACUGCAUGGCCAGGCACGACUCCAACACCAUCAUUAAGUUUGCCGACGACACAACAGUGGUAGGCCUGAUCACCGACAACGAUGAGACAGCCUAUAGGGAGGAGGUCAGAGACCUGGCCGUGUGGUGCCAGGACAACAACCUCUCCCUCAACGUGACCAAGACAAAGGAGAUGAUUGUGGACUACAGGAAAAAAAAGAGGACUGAGCACGCCCCCAUUCUCAUCGACGGGGCUGUAGUGGAACAGGUUGAGAGCUUCAAGUUCCUUGGUGUCCACAUCACCAACGAACUAUCAUGGUCCAAACACACCAAGACAGUCGUGAAGAGGGCACGACAAAGCCUAUUCCCCUUCAGGAGACUGAAAAGAUUUGGCAUGGGUCCUCAGAUCCUCAAAAAAUUCUACAGCUGCACCAUCGAGAGCAUCUUGACUGGUUACAUCACCGCCUGGUAUGGCAACUGCUUGGCCUCCGACCGCAAGGCACUACAGAGGGUAGUGCGUACGGCCCAGUACAUCACUGGGGCCAAGCUUCCUGCCAUCCAGGACCUCUAUAUCAGGCGGUGUCAGAGGAAGGCCCUCAAAAUUGUCAAAGACUCCAGCCACCCUAGUCAUAGACUGUUCUCUCUGCUUCCGCACGGCAAGCGGUACCGGAGUGCCAAGUCUAGGUCCAAAAGACUUCUCAACAGCUUCUACCCCCAAGCCAUAAGACUCCUGAACAGCUAAUCAUGGCUACCCGGACUAUUUGCACUGCCCCCCCACCCCAUCCUUUUUACGCUGCUGCUACUCUGUUAAUUAUUUAUGCAUAGUCACUUUAACUCUACCCACAUGUACAUAUUACCUCAACUACCUCAACUAGCCGGUGCCCCCGCACAUUGACUCUGCACCGGUACCCCCCUGUAUAUAUAGCCUCCCUACUGUCACUUUAUUUUACUGUAUAUAUAGCCUCCCUACUGUCACUUUAUUUUACUUCUGCUCUUUUUUUUCUCAACACUUUUUUUGUUGUUGUUUUAUUUUUACUUUUUUUGUUAAAAAUAAAUGCACUGUUGGUUAAGGGCUGUAAGUAAGCAUUUCACUGUAAUGUCUGCACCUGUUGUAUUCUACGCAUGUGACCAAUACAAUUUGAUUUGAUUUGAUUUGACACACACACACACAUACACACAACCAUACACACCACCACACACACACACACACACACACACACACACACACACACACACACACACACACACACGCACGCACGCACGCACGCACACACACACACACACAGAGCACUAGACAGGGACAUGCCAAUAUGAUGGGUGAUAGGACACAUCCCUGUUUACACAGUCACACACAUCCCUGUAUACCCCCCCCCCCCCCUCCCACCACCACCUAGGCAUGGGGGAGUGGUCUCUCUUUACUGCUGAACUGACAGCGAGUGUGUUGCUAUAUUGUGUUACAAUUGGGCGUUAACUCCUCUGUCUCUCCCCUCCAGAUGACCUGUCAGACCAGAGUUCGGGACGGGACACCCCUGCCAGCAGCUCCUCUCGCCAGGGAGUGGGGGAAGUGAUGGAGGAGGGCAAAGACAAGCAAGACAAGAAGAAGAAGCAGACCAAAGGAAAGGAGAAGGAGAAGCAGACCAAAAGGAAAGGAAAGGAGAAGCAGACCAAGAAGAAAGGAUUCGGUUUACUGAGGUGA